AGUACCGCCGUUGUGCCAAAGGCCAACAGCAAACGACAAGCCACCUCGGACUAUGACGACGACGAGGGAAGCAAAUUGUGCAGGUGUGAUGAUGAUGAUGAUGAUGGAGGCGGAUCGAAUGACAAGGACAGAUUUGCCAGGGAGCUGAAGCACCUGGUUCUGGAGGCGGCUGAUGGCUUUCUGUUCAUAGUGUCGUGUGAAACCGGCCGUGUGGUUUAUGUGUCGGACUCUGUCACACCGGUUCUGAACCAGGCUCAGUCGGAUUGGCUCGGAUCAUCGCUGUACGACCAGCUCCAUCCAGAGGACACAGAGAAACUCAGAGAGCAGCUCUCCACCAGCGAGAACAGUAACGCCGGCCGGAUGUUGGACAUGAAAACAGGCACGGUGAAGAAAGAGGGUGGGCAGGCCUCUGUGAGGAUGAGUAUGGGAGCACGCCGCUCCUUCAUCUGCAGGAUGAGAUGUGGAGUGUGUCCCGUAGAGCCGGUGUCCAUGAACAGACUCAACUUCCUGAGAAGCAGAAACAGGAAUGGACUGGGUUCUCAAAAGGAGGGCGAGCCGCAGUAUGCAGUCGUGCACUGCACAGGCUUCAUCAAAUCCUGGCCUCCUGCAGGAGUGACUCUUUCUGAAGAGGAGGCCGAUAAUAAUCAGGGAAAUCGUUUCUGUCUAGUCGUCAUUGGAAGGCUACAGGUCACAGGUUGCCCGAGCGACACAAACAUAAAUAACAUAAGCGUUCCAGUGGAAUUUAUUUCCCGCCACAACUGUCAGGGUCUCUACACCUUUGUGGAUCACCGCUGUCAGGCGACGAUUGGCUACCAGCCUCAGGAGUUACUGGGGAAGAACGUUCUGGAGUUUGCACAUCCAGAAGACCAGGGCUUACUGCGAGACAGCCUUCAGCAGGUGGUUAAACUGCGAGGUCAGGUACUCUCGGUGAUGUUCCGGUUCCGCUCUAAAUCCCACGAGUGGAUCUGGAUGAGAACCAGCUCGUUCACCUUCCAGAACCCUUUCUCUGAAGAGAUCGAGUACAUCAUCUGCACCAACGCCAAUGUCAAGCAGAUGCAGCAGCAGCAGGCCGAGUUAGACGAAGGGAUGGGACGAGACGCAGCGUUUGAAACCAGUCAGGUCACUCUCCCUCAGGUAAACACACCUGAACUCACACACUUCCUCUCUACACCAGUAGUGUUAAUGUCAAUAUCAGAUGUAUUUAUAUAUGACAAAAUGUGCAUAACUGAUUCUUUCACGAUAAAGAAUGUGAUUUUUGUUGUAAGAACUCUCUUUGUCCAGCAGAUGGCAGGUCACGUUGGAAAGAGUCAGUCAGCUCAGUUUAACAUGAGAAGUUUCAGCUCCGCCCCUACAUCCUCCACUUCCUCUUCCUUUGGCCAGAUGGGCGGGGCUUCUGCUUCAAUGGCCGACACAUCAAAUUACCAACAAAUAAACAGUCACAACAACCCUUCAACUAAUGGAUUCGGCGAUGUUAAUCAGAUGGGAGCGCAGUUCAGCUCCAGGCCAGCAGAGGGAGUGUCAGGCUGGCAGCAGUGGCAAACUCAGCCACACAUACAAGGCACUGCAGACACACACCAGCAGCCUCAAAACAUCCAGCCAGAGAUGUUUCAGGAUGUUAUCUCCAUGUUGGAUCAAACCGGCAGCUUCAGCAACGAUGAUUUCGUCGAGAUGCCCAUGUUUCCUCCUUUCCCCGAGUGAUCCCGCUUCACUCCCUGUUGCGCUCUCACGCGCCAUUUCUUACUCUCUUAACCAAAUCGAUGGCAGAGCGGAGGCACAGAGGGAUAUAAAACAAGAGUGAGACUGAUGCAUUGUGAGAAUGGAAGUUAUAAGCCAUAAUGUGAGGAUACAGAGUAGUGCACAGACAGACAGGCAUCGUUGAAAUGUGUUCACUUUAAAAUCACGCACAAUUGCACACUUCGAGCACAAGAGGUCUCACACUGUCUGCCAUACACGCACAUGCUUUGAUUAAUGAGAUGGCCACACACACACACACACACACACACACUCACUCACUCACACACACACUUUCACACACACUC